AUGGGCAAGGACUACUACCAGAUCCUCGGCGUCGCCCGCGACGCCUCCGCCGACGCCAUCAAGAAGGGGUACCGCAAGAUGGCGCUGAAGUGGCACCCCGACAGGCACUCCAAGAGCACCGAGGCACAGAAGGCGGCCGCCGAGGAGAAGUUCAAGGAGGUCGCCGAGGCCUUCGAGGCCCUGUCCGACCCGCAGAAGAGGGCCGUCUACGACCAGCACGGCGAGGAGGGCCUCCGGGGCGGCCCCCCCCCCAGCGGCCCGCCGGCCGGCGCCGCGGGCCCCUUCGGCGGCGCCGGCGCCGCCUUCGGCGGCGCGGGCGGCCUGCCGCCGGGCGUGCGCGUGGUCUUCUCCUCGGGCGGCGGGGCGCAGGAGUUCGGCGGCAUGUCCAGCGCGCGGGCGGAGGACCUCUUCCGCUCCCUCUUCGGCGGCGCGGGCCUCGGCGGCGGCCUCGGCGGCCUCGGCGGCCCCGGCGGCCCCGGCGGCCCCGGCGGCGACGGGCUGGCGGGCCUGCUGGGCGGCCUCGGGGGCCUGGGCUCGGCCAGCAGCUCCUCGCCGAGCCCGGAGCGCUGCGGGGCGGCGCCGAAGCGCCGGCGGCGGGGCGGCGGCGCGCCGCUCGGCCUGCUGCAGGACGGCACGGGCGUGCGGCUGGCGGGCCUCUCCAGCGCCGGCCUCAACGGCGCGCGCGGGGAGGUCGUCGGCUUCGACGACGAGCGGCAGCGCUACCUGGUGGCCGUAGGAGGAGGCGGCAGCGGCACCGGGAGCGUGGCGGUGAGGCCGUGCAACCUGCAGCAGCUGCUCCGGGGCGCCGAGGUGGUCGGCACCUCGAGGGCGGACCUGAACGGCCGCGUGGCCGCCGAGGCCUACUUCGACGCAGACAAGGGCCGCUACGUCGUCGCCGGGGUCGCCGACGAGCCCGUGGCGCUCCGGCCAGAGCACAUCUUGAGGCUGCCUCCCUCGACGCUGGUGACCAUCGAGGGCAUGCAGAGGCGCACCGACCUCAACGGCGCGCAAGGCCGCGUGCUCUCGGCCAGCGGCGAGCGGUACACCAUCGAGCUGCCCAGCGGCGAGCAGGUCCGUGUGCGGCUGGGCGCGGUCACCUCGUCGCUCGUGCUGGUGAGGCAGCACCAGUAA